AUCUUCCAAAUUAUUUACCCAUGACUAACACCCAAGUGUUACCUAAUGCGCAUACACAGUAUUACGGCACAUACGGUAUAUGUUUCUGUGAUCAAAACAUCGUCAUCAAUUCGAUGUGUUGCUCCGACCUGCUCCGACCGCGGACGUGUCCAGAUGUGUCAGUCAGUGUCAUGCGAUUUAUGCGCGUUUGUCAAUCGUUUUCAACAAUAAACUUAACACAGUGAAAAAAGUUUAUACAGUAGCGAUGCUACAGUGCAAACACCGAUCGGCUUCGUAGAUAAAAAAAUGUUUCGUUCAUGGCGACAAAUAUGUUUCUAUUGUUUGGUUCUAAUCACGAUUAUUUAUUCCUUCGUCUCCGCUGAAGAUACGUUAAGAUUAUGUGGCCAAAAACUCGAGCAUACACGCAGUUUGGUAUUUGUCAAUACAUUGGAUGGAAAGAUAUCAGCCCUUGAUGCUGCCAACAAUGGGCAAAUACUAUGGACCUUAGAGCCUCCAGAUGGACCAAUGUUAUCAUCCAGUAUUCAUCGCAAAGAACUUAACAAUAAUGGACAAUGGGUACGGCUGAUCCCAUCUUUGAAUGGUGGUUUAUAUAAAUUUGAUGGAGAAAACUUGGAAACAGUGCCAUUAUCAGCAGAUCAGUUAUUGCAUUCUUCGUUUCAUUUCUCUAAUGAUUUAGUCUUUUCAGGUGGUAAAGAAUUACAUUCUUAUGGUGUAGUAGUGGAUACAGGGGAAAUUUUAUAUGACUGUAAAGUGUCUGAAUGCAACAACAACACAGAUCAUCAAUAUGAAGAUCGAGAUGUACUUAUUAUUCAACGUUUUCAACAAACUGUAAGAGCUGUAGAAGCUCGUACAGGUAGUGAAAGAUGGAACUUCAGCGUUGGACAAUAUGAUUUAGAAUUAAUACCUUCUGAUGUUUCUUGUUCCAAUAAAGACACUGCUCCAGACAUAAAAAUCAAUGUGGUUAUUCCAGAAGGUUUGAUUUGGGGUGUCGAUAAGAAUAAUCCUAACAUUAAAUUGUGGCAACACAAGUUUGAUUCUCCAAUUGUUAAAAUAUGGCGCGAGGACGCAUCCAAAAUUUCUAUAACUUCAGGGCCAUUGGAAAAAGUAGAUUUAUUUGAUGGCUCUCAGUGGAUCUGGGGAUCAGAAUAUUCUACAAUUAAACCAAGUUUAUAUAUAGGCAUGCAUGAAAGACAAUUAUAUGUGCAAGAAAGUCACUCUGACAAAAAUUUAUUUGAUUUGAAACAUGGUCAACACAUAAAAUAUCCAUGGCAGCCAUAUCCAGCAACCACAACUGCUAUUAUAAAUACUUUACCGAAUGAGAAUGAUAGUAAUGAAGCUUCUACUAAAUCAAAUGAAACACAAAAUGCAAUUGCAUUGUCUGUAUUGUACAAUUCAGAAUAUAUUAAUGGUAAUGGAUUUUAUUUAUAUUCAUCAAAUCAAUUAACUACCAACAAGCAAUGUAAUCAUAGCAAUUCUGAUAAUUUACUUAUCUCCACGAAAAAACCCAUGUUAAUUUAUACUCAAGAGGAUAAUGUUGUACCUGCCCAAGUUGUGAUGUCAAUUUGGUAUUGGUGGAAAGAAGUUUUAUUACUUACGAUUACAACUGCCGUUUUAUUAAAUUUUAUGUCACGGUCAUUUAAUAUAAGUGCAUCUAUUAAAGCUACCGUACUUCCGCUUCCGAUAAUUGAAGGGCAUAUAGAAACCAAGAAAAGUGAUACAACUAUUAAUGAUGAUGAAAAUGUGAAUAACUUUAAAUCGCGUUUUCUAACGGAUUUUGAGCCAAUUGAUUGCUUGGGAAAAGGAGGAUAUGGUGUGGUUUUUGAAGCCAGAAACAAAAUUGAUGAUUGUACAUAUGCUGUUAAGAGAAUUGCUUUGCCAAAUAGUCAAGAUUCAAGAGAACGUGUCAUGAGAGAAGUAAAAGCCUUAGCUAAAUUGGAACAUGCCAAUAUUGUAAGAUACUUCAACGCUUGGUUAGAAUGUCCUCCUAGUGGAUGGCAGGAAGAGCAUGAUCAACAAUGGACUGAUAAACUGAAGUGUUCAACUGAUUUUUUUUCAGAAAUAACUCAGACUGAGACUAAACCUAAUUAUUCUGUGUGCAUUGAUGUUUCACAAACUCAGUCUUCUAUAGAAAGUGCAUGUGAAGCUUUAAAUUUGAAUAAUGUGAAUGCAAAUGAUGAUUCAUAUAUCACAUUUGAAAGAUCAAACGAGAAGCAAUAUGACAACUCAAUUUGCAUCAACACUUACAAUACUGAUAAUUCCUUGUCGAGUACGACUGAAAAGGAGUCUAAUGUUAAUGAAACUGAACAUUCCGAAAGUAUUGUGUUUGAAGAAACUGAUAAUAAUGUUGAGGCAGAAAAGAAAGAACAUAAACGUCAAAAAUCGUUUACUUUAGACUUAAAUAAAAAAUCAAACUCGCGAAAUUCGACGAAAAUGUUCCUAUAUAUACAGAUGCAAUUAUGCCAAAGACUUAGUCUGAGAGAAUGGCUAAAGCAGAAUACAGUAAGAGAUGGUUUUCUGAUACUAAAUAUUUUUCAACAAAUAGUGGAUGCUGUAGAGUAUGUACAUCUGCAAGGAUUGAUUCAUCGAGAUUUAAAACCAUCGAAUAUAUUUUUCGCUUAUGAUGAUAAGAUAAAGAUCGGUGAUUUUGGUCUCGUGACUGCGAUGACUGAGGGUUGCGAUAGAGCUCACACACCCGCAACUGAAAAUGAGAAUGUUUCUUUCAAAAACACCAUACAUACCGCAUGUGUUGGUACACAUUCAUAUAUGUCACCUGAACAAAUGAACGGCCAAAUUUACAACUACAAAGUGGAUAUUUUUUCUUUGGGAGUAAUCUUUUUUGAGCUUCUUAUACCAUUUUUUACUGACAUGGAGAGAGUAGAGGCGCUAUCAAAUCUAAAAAAAUCCAUUUUUCCGAAAGAUUUUGCGGAGAACUAUCCUGCUGAGUAUAAUUUGCUCAAAAUGAUGUUGGAUGAAGACCCCACUAAACGACCUACAACCUUAGACAUCAAAGCAAAACCUCCUUUACAGAAUUAUAUAGAUGAUAGACUUCAAUGGCGUUCAAAAUCCCAUUCGUCACAACUGACUAGACAUUCCUCUAUAUCUAGCAGUAAUAGUAGCAGUAAUGAUAGCUUUGAGGUGCUAAUAUAAGUUGUACAAGUUACAAAUAUUUUUGACAUUCUCUUAUUGAGUAAAAAGUUGUUUAAUUUU